CCUCUUGCAGAUGCAAUACUAUGGUAACAUCACCAUCGGAACUCCUCCCCAAAGCUUCAGGGUCAUCUUCGACACUGCCUCGAACCUGACCUGGGUGCCCUCGGUUGGCUGCAGCGUCGAGCAAUGCCAGGACCGCCCUCUGUACGACAACCGCAAGUCCUCGACGUACGCACCUUAUGGUAUCUGGGUGACCGCCCCGUACAUUGGUGGUGGUGCCAUCACUGGAACGGCUGCCUACGAAACCAUCACCGUUGCUGGCAUCAACGUCACCGACCAGCUCUUUGUGGAGGCCACCGUCAUUGAUCCUAAGAUCUACAACGGCACGCAGUUCGACGGUUCUGUCGGUCUGAGCAUCGAGUCGCGCUACCUGUCCCAGCACUGGUCCAUCUUUGACCACAUGUUCAUUAACCACCUUCUCCCGGAGCCCGUGUUCGCCUUCUACUUCCACCCGACAUUGAACGGCAGCGACGGUGAGCUCGUGCUGGGCGGCAUUGAGACGUCGCACUACGAGGGAGAGCUCACCUACGCUCAGAGUACCACCGACGAGUGGUUGAUCCGCCUGCAGGGUAUCAAGAUCGGUAUGCGCUGGCUGCAGACCGAACACAUCUACGCCAAGCCCGUCUCUACUCUUCCGUACAUCUACGGUCCCCAGUCGCAGAUUGAUUCCAUCAACAAGGUCCUGAACGCCUCCAAGACCUCUGGCGACGAGUACACCGUUGAGUGCUCCAACAUCACGUCCCUGCCCAUCAUCAGUAUCAAGAUUUCCGGCAAGAGCUUCGAUCUCCGCCCCCAGGAUUACAUUGUCCAGGUGAACUCCACCUGCUACAGCGGUUUCGUCGUCGACGAGGAGCACCAGCUGCUUGGUGCCUCCACCUGGCUGCUCGGCCAGAACUUCCUGCGCCGUGUGUACACCAUCUUCAAGACUGGCAUCUUCCUGUGGGACAAGCAGCUUGCUUUCGCUUACGCCCGCCAAGUCGUCUACUGAAUGAUGAGAGAGUAACAUCGACGGACACUCUCA